AUGAAGGAGGAGUGCAAGUUGUGUAGCGUGGGCGGCUGGGUCGGCCCCGUGCAGGGAAGCACGGACUUUUCGAUCAGCUCCCUGAUGCGGCCGACCGCCCACCAUCCGGGCCAAGUGGACCCGAGGCACGACGCGGUGCUGCUCUCCGCGUACCUGUUCAAACUAGGUGACUAUCCAUUGUAUACGCUACACGAACCCCACGUAGGGAAUGCAGUUCGUUGGGAAUUCGUGUGGUAUUCGCCGAGCGAUAAUUUACGCGCCGCGAGUGACCUAGAGUCUGAUAUCGCAAACAGACCCCGACAAACGGACAGUCGUCGUAUAGCCGACCUCGGUAAGCCAAUCGCGAUGUGCAGCUUGUGUGACGUCACGCCGCCUGUCUCGGCUUAUGGCCGCGGUGGGGACCUCGCGAAAAUCAGCCCCGGCCUCGCACUUAUCGCUGGCGCGAUAUCGUGGUGUGCGCAGCAAUUGGCCGCCGAUAGCCAUUCUGCACUAUCACUCCGGUCUGUCGUUUGUCUCUCCCACUGUCGUUUGUCCCGUUACGACGCUCCGGGCGGCGCGCGGCGCGGCGCCCACGCAUGGCUCAUUGAUUUUUACUCGGCCACCGAUAUGUCGUGGAAGAAAAUAUUUGCACGUGAAAAUCUAAGAAGCAAAUCUCCUAAGGGAGUGAUUGUAAACGUUGUCAAUAAUCCC